CUGCUGCAGCGCCGAGUGCGAGUCCGCCGCUCUCCGCGCCGCACCGAAGCUCCUCGCGAGGGAGGAGCCUCUCGGCUCACGCUGUCUGACCCCGCGCUUCACCGGGACACGCUCUCGAUUGCAGCAGAGCUGCCCACUCAGCACCUCCUCAGGGCUGCCCCGGAGACGCCAUCGGCGCGUUGCGGCUUCACUCAGCACCUCAGGGCUACCCAGAAGACGCCGUCGCAGCGCUCCAGCCAUGCCGCGGUAUUACGGAGGCGACGGCAAGCGCCGCGUGCCCGUUUUUUGCGAACAAAGCGCGGACUACAAGUUGCGCAAGGGCCGAGCGAUCGGCUGGGCCAACUACAAUGUUAUUGAGGAGAAGCGGCGCGAGGCGCAGCGCCGGAAGAAGAUCGACCAAUUAUUGCAUAAGGCGAGGUGCGUCAAUAAUGCUGAAGAGGGCCAGAAGAUACUUAAUGAGUUGGAAAAGGCCCUUGAAGGCUCUCUGGCUCCCACGUCCAGUGAAGAGGACAUCUGGUCGACGUGCGAGAAGAGUCACGCCCGGUUUCCUAUGUUGGAGGACAUGCGCGCACUAAGGGCGGCGAUCGCGACCUUGCGCAAAGUUCUGAAGAAUGACGACUUUCAGGUGACCUACCAUGCGCAGUCCGAGUAUGCGACGACGAGACAGAGGAAGUAUGGUAGACAUGUCCAGAGCCGAGUGAUGUCUUCGCAGAAGGCGGCUCUGGCGGCCGAUCGAGCGUGGAAGCGGUCCGAGAAAAGUAGAGCUGUGUUGAUUGACGAGAACUUGAGAAACAGAGCUAGGGCCGCAUCCUCGCAUCGCCGUCGGACGAGGAAGGAGGAGUGGAGCGCAUUUGCGAGAGAAGCGUCGGAGACGAACGCUACUGCUGUCAGAGAAGAUCCGCUGCCCGACCAGCCCUGGUCCUACUCGCCCACAAGAUUAGUGUCGAAGGCCAAGGUCUUCUCGACGCCCGCGAACCAGGCGUCCUUCGACCACUUCAAGGACCGAUCGGACGCGGACGAGGGCUACGUCUGGACGGCCGGCGGCCGGUGCGGGUCCAAGAGUGGUGUCUUGCGACGGCUACGUCAAACGGGCACGGGCCCGCCCCCGAAGUGGCGGGCCGAGUCCCAGAAGGUUUCGUUGGGACUGGUUCGCGAGGACCCGGCCGAGCCCAAGGACCCCGACCUCGGGCUGCGCUGGUCGUCGGGACUGACUGCCGAAGAGCGGAAACACCACCGGAAGGCGGCGGACUGGUACUACGACUAAGUCUAUUUUUCUAGUGG